AUGAGGCUGGACCUGGUGGUGCAGAAGGUGGUGGUCCACCCCCAGGUACUGCUCAGUGUGGUGGAUCAUUUCAACAGAAUCAGCAAGGUUGGAAACCAGAAAUGCAUUCUUCAUGUGCUUUUGCGGUCAUGGCAAAUGAAAGUACUUGAUGUAUCCAGCAGUUUUGCAGUCCCUUUUAAUGAAGAUGACAAAGAUAAUUGUUUUUUAGCCCACGAUUAUUUGGAAAACACGUAUAGAAUGUUUAAGAGGGUGAACGCCAGGGAAAGAAUAGUUGAGUGGUACUACGUAGGGCCUAAACUACACAAGAAUGACACUGCCUUCAAUGAAAUCAUGAAAAGAUACUGCGUAAACUCAGUAUUGGUCACUAGUGACAUGAAGCCAAAGGACUUAGGGCUGCCUACAGAAGCAUAUAUUUCAGUAGACGUCUAUGAUGAUGGAACUUCAGCCUUGAAAACAUUUGAGCAUGUGACCAGUGAAACUGGAGCAGAGGAAGCUAAGGAAAUUGGAGUUAAACACUUGUUACAAGACAUCAAAGACACUACAGUGGGCACUCUUUCCCAGUGUAUCACAAACCAGGUCCUGGAUUUGAAGGGACUGAACUCCAAGCUUCUGGGUACCAGAAGCUACCUGGAAAAAGUUGCCACAGGCAAACUGUCCACCAACCACCAAUUCAUCUAUCAGCUGCAGGUCUUCAAGCUGCUGCCAGUCAUCAGCCUACAGGAGUUUGUCAAGGCCUUUUACCUUAAGACCAAUAACCAAAUGGUGGCAGUGUACCAUGUGGCCUUGCUGAUCCAUUCUGUGAUCACCCUACACAACCUCAUCAACAAGAUUGCCAACUGGGAUGUAGAGAAGAAAGACAGGAAAAAGAAACCAAGAGCAAAAAAGGAUAGAAAAGAUGACAAAGAGAAAGAUAAAGGAAAAAAAGACUCCAUCUCAAAAAAAAAAAAAAAAAAAAAAAAGAGCUGGGCACUGCAGCUCAUGCCAGAGCAGGCGUGA